GUCUUGUUUUUUUUUUCCCAGAAUCUUGAUGAUAUUGAUGAGACUUUAACUGAGAGGCUGUUAGGGUUAACAGAAAUGUUUCCAGAGUCUGUACGCAAUGGCACAAGUACUGCAGCAAAGGGAAUGUUCAGUAGUGCUAAGUGGCUUUACAAAUUCACUGGCAAGACAUGCUGGAUUCUGAGUACUUCAUUUGUCAUACUGGCCUUACCUGUCAUUUUUGAGGUAGAAAGGGUGCAAACAGAGGAAGCACAACUUCAACAACAGAGACAAGUAAGUUUAUUUCAUACAUGUUCAAUGGGGUACAUGUAUGCUACAUACGGAAAUGAAUUAUAGCAGAGCGUAUUUUCUGUUGAAACUGAGUUCUAGGUGGUGAUCUGUCAAAACCUCCUCAACAAUCUGGGGUGCGUGGAGUCAUAUUAAAUCGAGUAGGUUUGUGCGUAGGUGUAACUCGACCUGAUGUUUAGAGAAGAAGGAGAGAAGAGAGUGAGAGAGGCCGAGGAUAACGUGUCCAAAUCAAAUAGAGUUACUGAUAAUGAAAUGUAUAAAUUAGCGACUUUCGGAUUGAAUAACUCAUCGAGUUUGACUUGUGGAGAGUCUGACCUUUAAUAAUAUUAUAAUUUUGUUUUUUCACUAUUUAAAACAAUUUUUGCAGUGUUUUGAAGGUUUAGGUCAAGUAAAAAAAUCAUCAGACUUAAAACCUACACAAGUCUUGUCUGGCAGUACAACCAGCAGGAAUUGAUAUUCUUCCAAGAUGCCUUAAGAAACUAAAGCAACAGUCAGCUGCAACAGUUUUUAAUUAUCAGGAAAAGUAAACUUAAGCAUCAUGUUGAAAAUAAGCCUGUCGUCCUGGGACAAAUUUGUAAAAUCACUCUCUUUUAUAACCAGCUAUGAAAAGUGCAACAUCUUUUUGACUUACAUGUAAGAUUGAACUACUUAUUCUGACUAAUUCUUCUUAAAAAUCAAGACCAAACAUCAUGCUUAUGAAAUUAGAAAAAAGACAGCAUUAUUAAAUCCCAAUUGCCACACGUGUAACAUAAUUAUGAUAUCUGAAACAUUGACAGAUAUGAUCUCGAAUCUUGAGUUGUGUCUUGUCUCUUAUCAAUAGCGUAACGUUACAAUUUAUUUUAGUCAAGAAACAAAAUUUACUUCUUUUUAUCCAACCGUCUGAAAGAGCCUCUUGGAAUUUCCUCUACUAAAUGCCCUUAAAGAUGACCUUUUGAAGCAGACUGUUAUCUACUUGGAGCUCUGUCGUCUCAAGCAAGAUUGCGAAGUUCGGGUGUAAAUAUUUAAACACUGAUAUGAAACAUAUAAGCACCAUUGUCCAUUAAAUUCAGCUUUGUUUGUCAUGGUGCUGGCAAUUAACCUGAGACCAGGCGUAGUUUUUUUUUUGGCUUCUUUGCUUCUUUGGCUCGAGAGGGAAAAAAAUUACGCCUGAUACAUUUACUUAACAAGCCAUCAACCGCCCCCUAAUUUACAUAAUCUAACGUGUGCUUAGCCUGUCACGUUAUUAGCCAAUCAGCGUUCAACAAAAGGGAAUCAAAUUUUGGCGGGAAUAAUGUCUCUUUCGAAAUAAAUUUUAGGGAAAAGAAAACGUUUAAGUACGUUCAGAUGGCGCUUCCUACGAAAAAUUUUGAAAUCUUUUUUUUGUGACGAAAUACUGCUAGUUGGAGCUGCCGUACCUUUAUUUAACAGCUACAAAUAAUAAAGAAUUUACAGGUAAAAGCUCGUUGACUUCGUUAUGUGCCGAAAGCUCUGAAAAAAAAAUUAGGCCGAAGCACCAUAUUUAACGAACUGAAAAGUGUUGUGAAAGCGAUGAUCGCUCAGAAUAAUUCGCAGGUUUCUGAAGGAGGAAUGACAGGAAUUACAGUCAAACCAGGUCUAACCUGAGAUCAGGCUCUAUUUUCGUUUCGCUUUGAAAAUUACAUUCCGGCGGGCAAGAUGAAACAAAAUGAAAGCGGUAGCCGUUAGAGAGAAUGUAUGAGAACCGCUCAAAUUGGGCCUGAUCUCAGGUUAAACCAGGUCAAGAUUCCAUUCAUGAAUUAAUUAUUUGAAGAGUGAAGCCGUUUGUCGCUUCUGUAACUUGUAGCGGUAUCAAAUUGAAUUCAAAUGAUCGGUGAAAUUUUGACUGCAAAUGGAAAAUACUUCAAUGGAUGAAAUUUCUAUUUAGACAUUUUUCAAACUUGCAAGAAAACUGAACCGGCAGAGAUUUCAUAACGAACUCGCGUGUGCACUGCUCAUUACGCAAGCAAUAAUGCAGACUGAAAUCAACAACAACUAAUGGAUGGCGGCGUUUUGGCCAAUCGGAACAGCGCAAAUCAUCCGUAUUGUAUCCUAUCCAAUCAGAAAAAAGUCCAGAUUCUGGCUUUUUUGCAUGUGAUCUGUGAAAGAAAUGUAUCAUGCCCUCCUCCCGAACACAGAUUACAGAGAUAAAGGGAGAGGGAAUGAUCGCAGGCUAGCUGGCAAUAGGAGUUCACAUUCCAAAUAAUCAAAGCACUGUCAACAGCAAUUGAUAGCAUGACUUGAAUGGAGAAUUCAAAAACAGGGCAUGCCAGUGGUCAACCUACAAUAAGGAAAGAAAAAAAUGUUUGUUAUACUCACUAAUCGAGUCGAUCAAAAACAAGCAACAGCAGCUGAAAAUAAACUUUUCUGUUUAAAGAAAUAUGUACCUCGAAAUAUUUCACCAGACUUGCCAAUAGCCUAGAACAUUAUCAGUCAAUUUUCAGAAGUUCAACCUUAGUAUGAACUGCAGAAAAUUACGCGUAUCAUUGUCAUCCCAAAAAAAGAAACGAAAAACACAUUUUAGUCAUCUGACUUGUUGAACAGCACAAAGACAUUGACAGGAGCGGAAAAAAGUCGCCAAAUUCGACAAAUUUUAGCAGCAUUCAUAGACAUUCAUAAAGGUCACGUAUGGGGAGACUGAUUUCAGAUGUGUCAUGGCAAAAUCAGUAAACAAGCUUAGUUCUACUGCAUUGAAGAGGGAAAAAAGACAUGCUUAUCUGAGUCAUUGUAACAAUUUUAAUAUGCUUGAAGGCAGAACGCCACAAAACAUACAUAGAAAUUGCAUUGGCUGGAAAUUGAAAGAAUAAAAUUGUAAGAAAAAAGUUAGUCUGGCUGCAAACAAGAUUCGAACCUGCCAAAAAAACCUCAUGUAAGCUACUUCUGCUUGCCAAUGUUGCAUGCUAGACCUCUAGGCAGUCCAUGGAGAGGCUGUUACGUUGGUGCUAUUUUUAAAAAGUGUAUCUCGGUGCUUUUUACAGAUCAUUGUUAGCCCUAUUUUGUCUAUAUAGGUUGGGUUUUUCAUCCUAGAAAAUCAAACACGAUUUAUGUUGACAAACAUAUGGAUUAGCACGAUUUACAACAGAUUCUUGACAGUUUUUUCAGUUUUCACGAUUUUGUUGUGUUACAGUAAAGUAAGAGACAGUAAGCCCCUUUUAUUGAGCUAUUUUUGAGCUAUUUUGAACGAAUAUCUCAUAUGUGAGUGGCCUAACACUUGAAUUUAGUAGUUUUAGCAAAUUCUGCGAUUUUUGGAAAAGUCACAGAAAUUGUAUUUUUUGCUGGGCACCCUUCUACCUUCUGUAGCACUUGAAUUAAUUAAUUUUAGCAAAUUCUGCCAUUUUAAUUUUUAAUUUUAGACAGUUUUUUGCACCCCACCUCUUCUAACACUUUAAGAGUGACCAUCUUUUGAUUUUCAAUCAAAUUGUUAAAAAAGAAUGGUUUCGUGGUUAGAUCAAUGUUUGAAAACAUCGUUCAAUCAUGAAAAACAUAGAUGUUCAUUAGCCAACUUUUCGAGUUACCUUUGUAUGGACAUUUUCAAUAGUUAUUUCAGACAAAAAGACUUUGUGAGCAUCAGUGCCAUUUGCCAUUCUUAAUAGUUCUUAUUUUAAUAAAUUAUUUAAAGAAUCAAGUUGCAGUUUCUCAAUAUUACAGCUAGACAAAUGCUGUGAUAACAUUGUCGUUUUACAGUUUUCCACUUACAUGUGACAGGAAUAACACAACCCUCCACUAAUUAACGCUCUCUGCAAACUUUCUUACUGCAUUAUUUAUUUUAUACUUUGAAUAAUGCUCACACUUCUCCUUUUCAACACAGAAAUUAAACGUCUUUACCGCACUUUGUUGAUCUCUGAUUACUGUUACUAGUUCUUAAAAGUCAAGAGGCUGUUAAUGAAAGUGUUAGAAAUCCUCUCCGCUGGUAAAUAAAAAAACAAUACAUACAUUUUUAAUCAUUGUCUCAUGCAUGAUUCAUGUGGCCAAGACGUUUCUUAGAACAAUUCUUGAAAAAGAACCUGCAGCAGCCAUUUAUCUUGUCUUUUUUACAUUUUGCUAGCCUUAGUUAAAGGAGUCAUGAAAGUGUGGAAAAAUAAACAGUAUACCAUUUAACUGUAUGAACCAUGAAGUAACUUAUUGUUACUUUGCUUUGCAGUUGAACUGCAAAUUUCUUAUAAAUAUUUGAGAAUUCAAACAGCAGUUAAUGAUCAAAAUAAGAACUGCGAUUGUAAAAAAAAUGCAGUGGAAUCUUCAUUGUGCAGCCAUUCUUGGGGUACCCCUUAGACUGCCUAAACGUUGGCCGCUCAAUAGCUGCAAUGGAGCUUCUUCAUUAAUUAGUAUAAAUAUCAGAAACAUCCUUACAUUUUGGAUCAAACCUGACGGGAGCAGCAUUAUUGGUCCACAAUCAGUCAUUACCUACUAUCUAGGACUGUAUUUUCGUUCAUUGUAUGGUUUGAAAAUAAAGCCAAAUUAAGUUUAUCAACCGCUUGGUGGCCUCUUGAUAGAGGUGACAAUAACAAUGGGAGAACUCUUGCCGGGAUGCUAAAAAGAUGACGGUGGCCACUUAAUAGAAAAGGCCGCGUAGUAGAGGUUUAAUUGACAAUUCGUUUCUAUGAUUAUUUCAGGACCUUGAUUACUGGCAGCUUAAUAGGUGGCUGCUUAAUGGAGGUUCAACUGUAUGAUAAUGUUGAUCAUACUGGGCCUUCUUUCUUGCAAAUGGCCCUCUUGAAUUUCAGGAUGGUGUCCAUGGGGCCCUCAUUGGCUAAUUCCUUGAAUAAACCCUGAUGUCAUGUUGACUGUUGUAUACCGUUCACACCAUUUUUUUUUUCUUGCUAAAAUUAAUUGUUAUUCAAUAAAUGCUUAUUUUUCUCUCUCUUCUCAAGAUUCUUCUCGGCCCUGGAAGCACUGCUGGAGGAAUGGGGCUUCCUCCUGGAUACCCUGCGCCACAGCAACAUAGAAGUUAA